AUGUCCAAAGACUAUUUGCGUGAUUUGGUUGAAGGUUCUCACUUAUUUAUAACUUUACUUUCCAACAAGAUCUGUGUUGCUCCAGUUUCAAUUGAGGAAGAUAAUUCAACGAUUGAUGGUGGGCGUGCUGCAGGAUUACGGCCUGAAUGCUUGAAUGUAUUAGGGGCUUUACAGCAAAUUCAUAUUACUGAACUAGAGGAAGAAGAAGAACAGCAGGUACUAAAUAAUUCUUCAUCGAAUAGUAGUGAUAGUGAUAACCUUUACAACGAAGAACUUGGCAUAAGUGAUGCAAAUGAUGAAGAACUAGUUACUACUGAAAAAGAAGUAGUUCUAGACUUUAGUACUUUUAUGCUCAAAUUUAUUCAUCCACGUGUUGUACAUGCUUACACUUUAGUUUUAGAGAAUUACGAUAAUAAUCCUGAAUCAGUCAAUCAUGCAAUUGUACAUACUAUUCAUCGAUUGGCUGUACGAGAAAGAUUACCUGGUUGCUUUUUUCAAUUACGCUUAUUUCGAGUAUUUCAAAAAUUUCUACACGAUUGUGCUUUAGCUACUUCGCCAGAAUUUAAAGAAUUAGCAAAUCUCAUUAAAUAUAUCUUAAGAAAAUUCUUUGAAGCUGAGGAGAAAAACAACUGUAUUCUAAUUGAAACUUUUCUUUAA